AUGAGGGAAAAUGAACUUAAAAACAGUAUUAAGGACUUAGAAAAUGAAGACAUCCUUAACAUAAAUGAGAUAGAAGUUAAGAAGAGGGAAUUAGAGAAUAUUAGGAAACUUAGAAUGAAAGGUAGUGUAGUGAGAUCAAGGGCACAGUGGAUAGAAGAAGGAGAAAAGCCAACAAGCUAUUUUUUUGGUUUGGAAAAUAGAAAUUUUACUUCAAAAAUAAUCCCUAAAAUUCAGAUAGAUGAAGGGGCCAUUGUAACAAAGCAGGAUGAAAUUUUAGGUUUGUUCUCUAGGCUACAGAAACAGACGCAAAUUCGUCAAAAAUGGAGUGGAGAAAAGCAAACAAAUCCGUUUCAUCAAUGUGAAUAUCGAUGUCAUCUGAUUGACGGGAUUUCAAACAAACGUGAUGCAGUAAUCGUGUUUCAAGCACCAUCUUUAUUCGAUGAGAAACCACUGAAAAAAUAUUCGGGACAGCUUUGGGUGUUUUUUUCCAUGGAAGCUCCUACGUAUCAUCCUCCAUCGAAUAAAAUUAAAAAAUGGGAGAAUCUGUUUAACUGGACGAUGGGUUAUAGACGAGAUUCCGAUAUAGUGCAUUUUUACGGUAGGUUUCAUCGCCUACCGAAAACUGGCGAGGAAAUCAAUAUAACAUCUACGUGGUAUUCACAAUUAAAUAAAUCUAUUUUAUUUGUGUCUCAUUGUGGAACUGCUAGCAGGAGGUUAGAUUACAUUAACACUAUGAAGUCAUUCUAUGAUAUUGAUAUCUACGGUGCUUGUGGGAAGUUAAAAUGUCCUAAAUCUAAAUGGGGUGAAUGCCACAAGAAAAUUGAAAAUUACAAGUUUUAUUUGGCAUUUGAAAAUUCCCUGUGUAAAGACUAUAUAACGGAAAAAAUGUUUAAAAUAUAUUGGCUGAAUUCAAAGGCAAUACCUGUUGGACGUGGACCUACACAAUACGAUGUUUACUUGCCCCCAAAUACUUAUCUAGACACGUCUAAAUAUAGAUCUUCCAAAGAAUUAGCGGAUCAUAUGUGGCGUCUUUCGAAAAACGAAAGUGAAGCAACAACAUACUUUAAAUGGAAAAAAUCCUUCUACGUGGACAACAAUUUUAAUAGCCGUGGAUUCUGUGAACUGUGUAGACGACUCCAUCAUCCUACAGAACUAAAGAAAUAUACACGACUUUACACGAACAUUGACAUCUGGCUUCGCGGUGGAAAAGAUACAAACAUUUGUAGACCUCCUACUGAUCUAUAA